AUGACAGUCAAUAAUACCCUCCGUGUGCUACCACAACUGCAAAUCCCGCACCACACCCAACUCUCAUUCCCUCCAACCAAUCCGCCUUGCUCACUCACUUACCUUCCUCACAACGAGACAUUCGCUAUCCAGCCGUACCAAUCAAAUCAUUACCUUCCGUCCUCCGCUUCCGCUUCCGCUUCCACUUCGACUUCGCCCACCAUGUCCGCAACUACUUCACAUCAUCUACCCACCCUAAGGACUCCUACUACUUCUCCAACUGCAAAUAUUCUCGAAGGAGGUCAGACUGGUCCUCCCAAGAGUAGAGUGAAGAAAAGAAAGAGGAACGAGGAAAAGCCAAAUGCAGAGAACGGGAAGAAGGAGAGGAGCAAGAGAAGAAGAGGAGAGUGCCAAUAUCAACGCAAGAUGGAAAAGGCUAAAGGACCACCAUCUUGGCUUAAAUUCCCUGCUCGAGCUGUCCAUUCAUCGUCAUCAGCACCACCAGCACCCCCAGCACCGCGACGACCUCCUUCCCUCUCUCAAGCACUUCCUGCUCAACCUGGCUACUACGAUCCGACAGCUUCGUCUCUACACGUGUCCUAUUCACAUCCGUGCUAUACUACAUACGUAGCGGAAAGACUUACUCCUAUGCCUUCGUCUCAACCGCGAUGGAUACCCCUUCAGCAUCCAAAUUUCAUCCACAAUGCCUUGCCCCCUCCAUCUUACUUUGAAAGUGAUAGCCCCGUCAAUGCAGGAUCAGCGAGCUGGAGUAAUGAUGCGAUUGUAUGUGUACCGUCGCGAAGAUCGAGCGAGACUGUAGACUUGAAUAAUAGAUACGGGAGUAUGAUUGAUCUUUCUCCACAAGUCGUCAUACCAGCUUCAAUCUCUCACCAGGGUCCACCCUCUUUUUCGGAAGCCGAAUACAAGCCACCAUUGAUCUCCACUGGUCUGUCAACAUGGCCAUCAUCAUCAUCAGGCUUGUCAGGCAUGCUCGGUAUCGCACCAGCGAGGGGAUUCCUAGAAGCUCAUCAGCCGAGCUUAAAUAUGUCAAUGUACAGGACUAGAGUCGAGGACGCUUGA